CUAGCUGUCUUAGCGCCAUAUUGAUCUGACCGCUGCUUCAUUCAUAUUGUAACCUUUCAACACCACGACACGAGCAGCAACGGCAACGACGACGAACACGAUCUCAUCGUAAUCGUCUGUCGUUCUCCUCGCAGAACGAAGAAAAAAUUAUCUUCUGAAUUUUCUGAUGAAAUUUUCGCUAACUUUUCUCGUUCGAAACCAAUUGAAAAAUGCCUGUAUGAAUAGCGCCAGUCGCGAACAUUAGAUUAAAUGUAGAAUUUUUACUUUUGGGCCCCGUCUAAGUGGGGUAAAAUCAUUUUGUAAAGUGGAAAUUUUUCUGCUUGGAUCAAACCAACAGCAGCCCGAGCGAGCCAUCACGGGAACACUCUGGAAGACAUUUCGCAGGAAAGGAAACGAGAGUGCGUGUUGAUUUCGCAGUUAUUACGUGUGGAAUUAAGGAGCCUCCGGAUUGCUACGGUACGGAACAGUGCGGGAUGUGUACCAAGAUUUGCCAGUGCGUGAGUGUGUGGGAAAACAGUAAAAGCAGUGAGUGAUUGUACUUCCGGAAAGUGGACCGACGCAACUUUACAUUAUAGCAACGGUACGAAAAAAAUAACAGUGUUGCAUAUGAAAAAAAGGAUUGUGUGCGGAGAAUGGUGACAGGCAGAAACGUCAGUUACAGCAAAUGUUCCGGCGCUUCGCAAAUAAAGAAUCAUGUUGUAACACUCAAGGAAACGCAUUCGUGUGGCUAACUGCAGCUAACAGUGAUGUGAGAUACACACAUACAAACAUAACAAUACAGGGGGCCCGAUGGAGAGGACGAGUUCAAACAAAACAAUAGUGCAAGUGACAACGACACACAACAUGACCGUAUGCGUAGCAUAGUGUGCUCGUACUAAUAUUAGCUAUUAAUAUUCACUCAAAAUCGAUUAUAUCAGAUCAUACAAGUGUAAUUUAAUUACCAAAGUAGUUUAGUGCAAACCAAGAAUAAAAAUCAUUCUAAGUGCAAAGCGAAUCCUCGCUCUAGUCCUCGUUUCGAAACAGUAUGGACCGGGAGCGGGAACGCGAUCGUGAACGAGAACGGAGUCCAAAGCGCUCCAAGCAUGUGAAGAAACGUUCGAAAAAGAGUAAAAAAUCCAAGAAGCGGAGACAUGCUUCCAGUGACGAGGAACAGUCAUCGUCGGAUGAGCGGCGGAGCAGUACUCAUCGUAAAAGCUCCGUUGAUUUCGGACGUGGGGGAACCGGGAAUGGCGGUAGUCAUGGGUCAUCGAAGGGAGUAGUCGAGUAUUCCGAUGUAAGUUCGGAUGAUUUCUCUGCACCGGAAGCGGGCGAGAUUGAAACCGAUGGCAGUGUCUCACCCUUCGCCGCCGCCGGCAAUGAAUCUAGCAGUAAUUUCGGUAAAACUAUCAGUAAAAGUGAGAAGAGUGCAGCGGCGACAGUUAAAUUGUACAGUAAAAAUUCUACUAAAAUUCAGCAUGAUCGAAUGGUGAGUGGUUCUUCCUCGCUUCCUUGUUCGUCGUCGGCAGCAGCAAUCGAAACCAGUGGGGCGAUAUGCUCCGCGACUACGGAGGUUUCGACGCUGACUGAGAUUGUUUCCCAAGGUGGUACUCCGACCGGUUCUGUUACCAUAACGGAGAGUGGGCGAAGGGUCAGCAUCACUGCCACGUCACCAAUUAGCCAAUCGUCCCAAUCGCAUUCUUCCCGGUCGAAACGUAAAAACUCUAUAUCAUCCGAUACUUCCUCUAUGAAACAGGGCUCCAAGCGGCACCACCAUCAUCAUCACCUGGAACCUCCGGCCUCACCAAUCGAAGAGCAGGAGCCCGAACUCGACGAACAGGAGCUAAUGGACGAGGAACUCGUCGAGGAAGAGGAGUACGAGAUCGUGGAGGAAGAGGAGGAGGAGGAAGAUGAAGAAGAGGAAAUGGUUGGCCGUAAGCGGAAGAAGAGUAAGAAAGAUAAGAAGCACAAAAAGAACAAGAAAUCAAAGAAGCGAAAGAAAAAACGAGCGAAAUCGAUUUCAAGUGUCGAAACUAUUUCGGAGAGUGAAGACUCGCUGCUCGAGUGUAUGGAAUCGCUGACACCCCCGCUCAAAGCCACACCGGAGUAUGAGAAAACGUAUACGCCCAUACGGAACGAAGAAAGCCUGACGCCACUAUCACCCGCUACUCCCCCCAUUCGACCGUCGAGCCGGUCGGUGAACAGUCCCUACGGAGAAGCACCUCGCGGACGAAGUCCUCACCCGGGGAACCGAGGACCACAUACCCGCAAGCUGUACCAAUCGACUUCAUCUCCUCACACCCCGCCAGUCGUUAUCAAAAAGGGUUUAUCAUACCAGCAGCCGCAGCAAACGCCACUCCUACAGCAUGUUAGCCCCAUAGCGAUUAGUGACAGUCCAACGCCACGCGGCGCUGGUGGACGCUAUCGCCGGAGUCAGACCCCACCUCGACAUGGGCCGAGCUGGGAUUCACGCCGAAGCGUAAGCCCAAAUGGUCGUCACAAACCCUACUCUCCCCCACCAGCAAAACGUCGGAGGGAUCGUUCACCUCCGGAGAAGGAUUACUAUCGGAAGGACAAACGUUACACUGGAAGACGAGAACCAGAAUGGAAUCAACACGAUCGGAGAGGUGAUCUUCCCCCCAGAAGGUAUACGAGGAGUCCCAGUCCGAUCAGUAGUCAUCGCCGAAGACGAACGCCAUCACCCAUGAAGUCGUCACGAGCACGCAAAAGCUACUACAACAGUCCCUCGCCGAGUCGAAGUCGGAGUCGAGCCCAUUCGAGGCAUCACUCGAGAAGUCCCCGCCGCUCGUCUCCGGCGAAUCGGCGGUAUUCGAGUGACAGCCGAUCACGAUCACCGACGGAUUUGUCGUCGGCGAAAAAGCUCGACAUGAAAAAUAAAAUUACCGACACUAGUUUCUUCGCCGAACUGAUCAAAGACAAACACAAAAGGAUGAAAACGCUGAAGGAGAUCCUGGAGAAGAAAGAAGGCCAGGAGGGAGCAGCAUCGAACGCGACGGCAAUCGUCAGCGAAAAUAGUUUAUCAAACGAUUGCGUCAUAACGGCGACCGAUGGUAGCAAUGCAGCUAAUUCCAACGGUCUGAAGGACGUAAGCAUUACGGACAUUCCGAUGCCAGAUCAAACCGAUAGCUCAUCUCGUUUGCCACAGUCUGUCCAAAAGGACACUACUUUGGAUGCGCCACCCGGGGGCGGAGGUUCUGCCGCUGACGAUGGUUCAAACAAGGACUCACGAAUACCUGUGAUAUUGAAUAGUACGAGCAGCGAAAGUAUCAAUCAACAAAGUGCCAGUCAACCGACCGAGUCCACGACAACGAUGACGAUGACGACGACGACGACUACAUCCACCACAGGGACCGAAUCAACGUCAUCGUCAGUACUCAGCAAACCAAAAAGUCUCACAAAUCUGCCGAUGCCCCCGGGGGUGAAUGUGGCGGAACUGGAAGGUGCUCAAACGCCGAGUCCUCCUCGGCAGAUUAGUCCGGUUGCCGGAGCGCAGAUGAAAAUAAUGCCGAUACCAACGCUCACUACCACGGGGGCAAUCACGACGCCAAACCUCAACAAUAACAAUAGCCAUCAGCAGCAGCAGCAUCAUCAUCAUCAGCACAAAAGUUGUAGUAGCGGUUCGGGUAAGCGCAGCAGUGGCGGAGAGCACAAAACGCCUUCAGCAGCAGCAGCAGCAGGCACGUCUAGUUCCACGACUACGAGUAAAAAAGGUGUACUCAAUUUGCCGAUGCCACCGAUGGUACCUGGUUCGGAAGAUCUAAGUGGAGACGAAGACAUUGGGUCACCACCGCCGGCAUCGGAUACCCCCACGAAGAAGUCAAGUAGCAGCAGUAAGUACAGUAAAUCUAGCAGUGGCAGUAAGAAACCCAAAGGACGCCCACGGAUAUUGAAUAGGCGAUUUUCGCGUAAUAUGCUUGGGCCGAUGUCGGCUUCCGGUGGAAAGGAUUGGGGCGAACGGUGCGUCGAUGUGUUCGAUAUGAUCGAACAGAUUGGCGAGGGAACGUAUGGACAGGUGUACAAAGCUCGGGAUCAGCAGACAAACGAACUGGUGGCUCUGAAGAAGGUCCGUUUGGAGCACGAGAAGGAGGGCUUCCCGAUUACGGCUGUGCGAGAGAUCAAAAUAUUGCGUCAACUGAAUCACAAGAACAUCGUCAAUCUGCGGGAAAUUGUGACCGACAAGCAGGACGCACUCGAGUUCCGCAAGGACAAGGGCUCGUUUUAUUUGGUGUUCGAGUACAUGGAUCACGAUCUGAUGGGACUUCUCGAGUCCGGUAUGGUAGAUUUCAACGAGCAGAACAACGCCAGCAUCAUGCGGCAACUGCUGGAUGGGCUGAACUAUUGCCACAGGAAGAACUUCCUCCACAGGGAUAUCAAAUGUUCCAACAUUUUGAUGAACAAUAAGGGAGAAGUAAAACUUGCGGAUUUUGGUCUCGCACGAUUAUACAACGCGGACAAUCGUGAACGACCGUACACGAACAAGGUCAUUACGCUGUGGUACCGACCUCCGGAAUUGUUGCUGGGUGAAGAACGCUACGGACCAUCGAUAGACGUUUGGAGCUGCGGCUGUAUAUUGGGAGAGUUGUUUCUCAAGAAGCCACUGUUUCAAGCAAACCAGGAACCCGCCCAAUUGGAGAUGAUUUCACGGCUGUGUGGCACCCCAACACCAGCGGUAUGGCCGAACGUCAUCAAGCUACCGCUGUUCCACACGCUCAAAGCGAAAAAACAGUACCGUCGGAAGAUCAGGGAAGAUUUUGUCUUUCUACCCGCAUCCUGCCUAGAGUUGUUGGAUAAAAUGCUCGAACUGGAUCCCGACAAGCGGAUAACAGCCGAGGCGGCACUUAAUUCCGCCUGGCUCAAAAAUGUCGUACCCGAUCAGCUACCACCACCAAAGCUGCCAACAUGGCAGGACUGUCACGAGCUGUGGAGUAAGAAGCGACGGAGACAGCUUCGCGAGCAGCAGGAAUCCGCCGCUAACUUACCACCCGGCAAGCCAGCGUUAGGCAAACCGACCGCCAGUGCGGCGGGGGCAAUACGGGCGACGGUCCCCGUUCAGUCCAAUGCGGCGGGCGGCGGGGCAGAAUUAGGCUAAACUAGGUGUAGAUAGCCACAAUUGGAUUAACUCGCAAUUUCAUUGGGAGCAGACCCCGGGUUCAGCUAGCAAUAUUAUCAAUGCUGACAAUAAAGUGCCGCUGGCGGAAGUUGAGGGUGACCCUCCCCUGUUCGGGAAUCUUUCCUGACCCAGCAAAAACAAAAAAGAAGGAAUCCAGCAAAUAUUUUGUUUCGUUUAACUUUUCUUCGAGCUGAGAAUUCACACCAGCUAGCAAACAAAUCAACAAAACGAGAUAUGUGGUGUGUUGAAUGCUAGAAUAUUGAAUGCCGGGUGGUUGUUCCAUGCUCGAUGAAUCCAAAAACACCAGCUGCGCGAAUGCUGGCUAUGGUUUGUCUUUCGUGGCAGGAAAAGUGAACAUUGGACUUAAACAGUGCGCAUACUGUGUAUUUUCUAUUACUAUGAAUGGGAUAGGAAGUGUGAACGAUAGAUUAAUAGUGUAUAGUAAUAAAAGUUAGUAGAAAAGCUGUACUAAUUGUAAGUAUAAUGAAAAUGAUGAAGAGACAAAAUGAAUAUGAUGUGAAAGAGAACUGAGCUAGUGAGUGUGGGCAAAAAACCAUUGCGCGAGAAAAAAAACAGAUGACCAUCCUCAUCUCUGUAAAUUUGUUAUCGAUUGAUGAUGAGCUUAUAUUAAAUAAACCUCCCUUCUUUCUAUUUGUUUUCCUGGAA